CGCUUCCUCUUCUGUCAUAACAGUGACAAAGCCCUAUCCCGCCAAAUACCACUCCAAAGUGAGGGUUUAAGCCCCCAUUGCAACCCUCCCAAAAGCCCUAGUUUCCUCUACGACGUAGUCUCCCUAUCCUUCUCUCUGCAAAACCUUAGACAUCCGACCAUGAGUUACGCCGCCUACAAGAUGAUGCACUGGCCCACCGGAAUCGAGAACUGCGCCUCCGGCUUCGUCACCCACAGCCGCGCCGAUUUCGCGCCCCAAAUCGCACCAAUUCAAACCGAUGAUCUCGAGUCGGAGUGGCCCGCCAAGCGCCAAAUCGGACCCCUUCCCAACCUCAUUGUCACCGCAGCCAACAUUCUUGAGGUGUACAUGGUUAGGGUUCAAGAAGAAGACAGCAGAGAAUCCAGAGCCUCCGCUGAAACCAAGCGUGGCGGUGUUAUGGCCGGAAUUUCUGGCGCUGCCCUUGAACUCGUCUGUCAGUACAGGUUGCAUGGUAAUGUUGAAACAAUGACGGUAUUGCCUUCAGGAGGUGGUGAUAAUAGCAGGAGAAGAGAUUCAAUUAUUUUAGCUUUUCAAGAUGCUAAAAUUUCAGUUCUAGAGUUUGAUGAUUCAAUCCAUGGGCUUCGUACAAGCUCUAUGCACUGUUUUGAGGGUCCGGAGUGGUUUCAUUUGAAAAGAGGUCAUGAAUCUUUUGCAAGAGGUCCAUUGGUAAAAGUUGAUCCUCAGGGCAGGUGUUCAGGCGUUCUUGUUUAUGGUUUGCAAAUGAUAAUACUUAAGGCUUCUCAGGCUGGUUAUGGUUUGGUUGGGGAUGAGGAGGCUUUGAGUUCUGGAAGUGCAGUUUCUGCUCGUGUUGAAUCAUCGUACGUAAUCAGUCUAAGAGAUUUGGACAUGAAACAUGUAAAAGACUUCACAUUUGUACAUGGUUAUAUUGAGCCUGUGAUGGUAAUUCUUCAUGAGAGGGAGCUUACUUGGGCUGGGCGUGUCUCAUGGAAGCAUCAUACUUGCAUGAUUUCUGCGCUUAGUAUUAGUACAACUUUGAAGCAGCAUCCUCUCAUAUGGUCUGCUGUUAAUCUCCCACAUGAUGCUUACAAGCUUCUUCCAGUGCCUUCUCCAAUUGGUGGAGUUGUUGUAAUUAGUGCAAAUUCUAUUCAUUACCAUAGCCAGUCAGCAUCAUGUGCAUUGGCUUUGAACAACUAUGCUGUCUCUGCAGAUAACAGCCAGGAGAUGCCCAGGUCAAGUUUUAGUGUGGAGCUUGAUGCUGCCAAUGCAACUUGGUUAUCAAAUGAUGUGGCUAUGCUGUCAACAAAAACAGGGGAGCUACUUUUGCUGACACUGGUUUAUGAUGGACGGGUUGUUCACAGACUUGAUCUUUCAAAGUCUAGGGCAUCAGUGCUUACUUCGGGAAUUGCUGCUAUUGGAAACUCAUUAUUUUUUCUAGGCAGUCGGUUGGGAGAUAGUUUGCUUGUGCAAUUUACUUCCAUACUGUCUUCUAGUGUGAAGGAAGAGGUUGGAGAUAUUGAAGGUGAUGUGCCUUCAGCAAAGCGAUUGCGCAAGUCCUCUUCUGAUGCUUUGCAAGAUAUGGUCAAUGGUGAGGAGCUAUCGUUGUAUGGUUCGGCUCCAAAUAGCACAGAAACAUCACAGAAGACAUUUUCAUUUUCAGUGAGGGAUUCAUUCAUCAAUGUUGGUCCGCUGAAAGACUUUGCCUAUGGUCUUCGAAUUAAUGCUGACCCAAAAGCAACUGGCAUUGCUAAACAAAGUAAUUAUGAACUGGUGUGUUGUUCUGGUCAUGGAAAGAAUGGUGCUCUCUGCAUUCUGCAGCAAUCAAUUCGUCCAGAAAUGAUCACUGAGGUUGAACUACCUGGUUGCAAAGGAAUUUGGACAGUUUAUCACAAGAACACACGUGGUCAUAAUGCUGAUUCUACCAAGAUGGCUACUAAGGACGAUGAGUAUCAUGCAUACUUGAUUAUAAGUCUGGAAUCUCGAACGAUGGUACUAGAAACAGCUGAUCUUCUUGGUGAAGUUACUGAAAGUGUUGACUAUUAUGUGCAAGGAUGUACCAUUUCAGCAGGCAAUUUGUUUGGAAGACGUCGAGUUGUCCAGGUCUAUGCUCGGGGUGCUCGAAUUCUAGAUGGUGCUUUCAUGACCCAAGAUCUUCCAAUUUCCGAGAGUUCUACAGUAUUAUCGGUCUCUAUAGCUGAUCCAUAUGUAUUGCUGAGAAUGUCUGAUGGAAAUAUUCAACUUCUUGUUGGAGAUCCUUCUACCUGCACUGUAUCUAUAAAUAUCCCAGCUGUAUUUGAAAGCUCAAAGAAAUCAAUAUCUGCCUGUACAUUGUAUCAUGAUAAGGGACCUGAACCAUGGCUACGGAAGACAAGUACUGAUGCAUGGCUUUCUACUGGCAUUGGUGAGGCCAUUGAUGGGGCUGAUGGUGCAGCACAUGAUCAGGGCGAUAUAUACUGUGUUGUUAGUUAUGAAAGUGGUGACCUUGAAAUAUUUGAUGUGCCUAAUUUCAAUUGUGUUUUCUCUGUGGAUAAAUUUAUGUCUGGGAAUGCCCACCUUGUUGAUACUCUUAUCCUGGAACCAUCUGAAGAUACUCAGAAAGUUAUGAGCAAAAAUUCUGAAGAAGAGGCUGGCCAAGGCAGGAAAGAAAAUGCCCAUAACAUAAAGGUCGUUGAAUUGGCCAUGCAAAGAUGGUCAGGACAGCAUAGUCGCCCUUUUCUUUUUGGAAUAUUGACCGAUGGGACAAUUCUUUGCUACCAUGCUUACCUAUAUGAAGGUCCAGAAAACACUCCUAAAACGGAGGAAGCCGUUUCUGCACAAAAUUCCCUCAGCAUAAGCAAUGUAAGUGCCUCUCGACUAAGAAAUUUGAGAUUUGUCCGUGUCCCCUUGGACACAUACACAAGGGAGGAGACAUUAUCUGGAACCACAAGCCCAAGAAUGACCGUUUUCAAGAACAUUGGUGGUUGUCAAGGGUUAUUCCUCUCUGGUUCAAGACCUCUUUGGUUCAUGGUUUUCAGGGAACGAAUCCGUGUUCAUCCACAGCUAUGUGAUGGAUCUAUUGUUGCCUUCACUGUUCUUCACAACAUCAAUUGCAAUCAUGGGCUUAUUUAUGUCACCUCACAGGGUUUCUUGAAAAUAUGCCAACUACCCGCUGUAUCAAGCUAUGACAACUACUGGCCAGUGCAAAAGAUUCCAUUGAAGGGCACUCCACAUCAGGUCACUUACUUUGCGGAGAAGAAUUUAUAUCCUCUUAUAGUUUCAGUUCCUGUCCUUAAGCCACUGAAUCAUGUUCUUUCAUCUCUUGUUGAUCAAGAAGCUGGCCAUCAGCUUGAGAAUGAUAAUUUGAGCUCUGAUGAACUGCACCGGAGUUAUUCUGUAGAUGAAUUUGAGGUCCGAGUUCUAGAACCAGAAAAGUCUGGUGCUCCUUGGCAAACUAGGGCUACAAUCCCAAUGCAAAGUUCUGAAAAUGCACUAACUGUGCGAGUCGUUACAUUGUUUAAUACUACCACAAAAGAAAAUGAAACACUUUUGGCCAUUGGGACUGCUUACGUACAAGGGGAGGAUGUUGCUGCAAGGGGACGGGUGCUUUUGUUUUCUGUUGGAAAAAAUACUGAUAACAGUCAAAAUCUGGUUUCUGAGAUCUACUCUAAGGAGCUGAAAGGUGCCAUAUCUGCCUUAGCCUCACUUCAAGGUCAUUUGUUGAUAGCUUCUGGACCUAAAAUUAUCUUACACAAGUGGACUGGUACAGAGUUGAAUGGUGUUGCAUUUUUCGAUGCUCCACCUUUAUAUGUUGUGAGCCUCAACAUUGUUAAGAAUUUUAUCCUCCUAGGUGACAUUCACAGAAGCAUUUACUUUCUUAGUUGGAAGGAACAGGGAGCUCAACUUAACUUAUUAGCGAAAGAUUUUGGCUCGCUUGAUUGUUUUGCAACUGAGUUUUUGAUUGAUGGAAGUACACUCAGUCUCAUUGUUUCAGAUGAUCAAAAAAACAUUCAGAUAUUCUAUUAUGCACCAAAGAUGUCAGAAAGUUGGAAAGGACAGAAGCUUCUUUCAAGAGCUGAGUUUCAUGUUGGUGCCCAUGUGACUAAGUUCUUGCGUUUACAGAUGCUUCCUGCCUCAUCUGAUAGAACAAGUGCUACUCAAGGAUCUGAUAAAACCAAUCGGUUUGCUUUAUUGUUUGGUACACUGGAUGGUAGCAUUGGUUGUAUUGCACCUCUUGAUGAACUCACUUUUCGUAGGCUUCAAUCACUACAGAAAAAGCUUGUUGAUGCUGUUCCCCAUGUUGCUGGACUCAACCCAAGAUCUUUCCACCAGUUCCGCUCAAAUGGCAAGGCUCAUCGACCUGGCCCUGACAACAUAGUUGACUGUGAGCUGCUCUGCCAUUAUGAGAUGCUCCCAUUUGAGGAACAGCUUGAGAUUGCUCAACAGAUUGGAACAACUCGCAUGCAAAUCCUAUCAAAUCUGAAUGACCUCUCACUGGGCACUAGUUUCUUGUGAGUGCUGCUGGUCUUAAUGCAGCUAACAGAAAUUAGAAAUAGCCUGAUCUAUGAGCUGCUAAAUUUUGGUGAGCCGAAACUCAAGAUGGAAGACUGAAUCUGUGUAACCAAGAACAGUUCACUUCCCUACAGUGUUAGAAUUCAAAAGCUGUCUGAUAAUCACGAUGAAUGUCUCUGGCAUCUGUAACAUUAGUCUGCUUUCAACUGUACCAGCUCCUGCAAGCAAAUUCAAACCAUUAGCAACAAUAACACCCAGAGCCGGAAUAUGGAAUGCACAGUUGGAAGCUAACAUGAAGUAAAACCAACUUUGGCUUGCAGAAAACACCUGAAACAUUCUGUAAAUGUAACAUAGAUUUAUAAGGAAAUAAACCAUUAUGCUUAGUUCCUUGUGUAUUUGUAUUUUGAUUGUAUUCUUAGAUGGGGUCAUUUAGAGAUUAGUUUCAUCUCCUUGCUAAUGAUGAUACCAAGAGUGUAUAAUGCUUUUACUAAUCUCUGGAAAUUUCAGCCUCUGCUCUUUCUCUGUUCUUCUUA